CUCACAUGUUCACAGUUGGGCCUCACCAACGGCUUCGAAUUCAGCGGGCCCCGGAGUUGAAAACCCUAUGGGGCUCUCGGCGCUGUCCCGUGUUUCGGUCUGCGUGUCUUCCUUGGUUCUUUGAGCUCCGCGCCGCAACGGUGAAGGAGAAAUGGGGCAAACAUUCCCUACAGUACACCGACUCGAUCCUGCCUCGUGGCACCUGCCUCUAAGGUAGAAACAUCCGCUCUACUAUGCCUCCAAGGGAUAUGACUAGCUCCAACGCGACUGCUGACUGGAAGCUGGAACGAGAUCCGGGCCCCGAUUUGCCCGAUGACACACCAAAGCUGAAAGGGGCAUCGGUUUAAAAUGGACGUGUUCUUUGACGAACCUGUCGUGCUGGAUGGCGAAAUUGAAUGCAAAUGCACCUGCAUCUCCUAUUCUCCAACCUGCGCUGCAACACAACCGCAUCUUGCCAUCAAAUCGACCUCACUCCCUCACCGCCGGCUGAUUGACGACAACCAGCAUCUAGAGAUAUGCAGCCUUGAGAAACCAGCGACCACUCACGUCCUUGCCCGCAUCGCACAACAUGGCGACCAAAACGACCACCAUGACCGAGUUGCACACCAUCUCGUUCGACCCCUCCACCACAAACUCGGGCGCGACUUCACGGAAAAGCCAGAGCCGCGAUGCAACAGUCGUGGCUUCUGAUUCAGAACCAGAGGCGUCUCCCAUCUCGGCCAAGUCAAGGCCGGCUCUGCUGCCCAAAGGCCGCGCCAUCAUCGUGACCACCCAGCUUUGUGGCCUGCUGUUCUUCAGCAGCUUCUGCAAUGGCAUCAUCGUCAUCGCUCUACCUGCCAUGCACUCGGAGCUGGGUUUACAGGAGAGCCUCCUCGUUUGGCCCACCUCGAGUUACUAUCUCACGGCCGGUUCCUGUUUGUUGCUGGCCGGCUCCAUCGCCGAUGUUGUCGGUGUCAAAAAGGUCAACCUCGUUGGCUCUUUCCUCAGUUCCAUCUUUGCUCUGGCCUGCGGUCUGGCACAAACUGAAGGUCAAAUAAUAGCAUUCCGGGCCCUCCAGGGCAUCACAAACGCCAUCAUUGCCCCCUCAGCGAUAUCCAUCAUCUCCAAUAGCGUGGCUGAGGGCCGGCCGCGGAACAUGGGGUUUGCAUGCCUCGGAUUCAGCCAGCCGCUCGGGUUCAGUCUUGGCUUGGUGCUCACGGGGGUCAUGACAGACACGGUGGGGUGGCGGCCAGCCUUCUAUCUUGUAGCCGCCUGCAGCAUAGUUUUGUUUACCGUUGGGAUAUGGUCACUUCCGCAAGACAUUCACUCAUCCGGUAGCCAAUCCGUUCUGAGGCGGCUCGGAGGUGAGAUCGACUGGAUCGGAGUAGGCUUGGCCAGCAUGGGGCUGGCCAUGUUUUCAUACGUUUUAGCAUCCCUGUCGGCCAACAUCCAGGACAUUCGUCAGGCUGUCACCAUCGUUUUGCUCGUAAUUUCUGUCUUUUCUGUUCCAUCCUUUGUGGGGUGGAUGCACUACCAGACCAGGAAGAACCGCACAGCACUGAUCCCGAACUCUCUCUGGCGAAGCGGUGUGUUUACGAGCGCCUGCGUCAUGGUUAUGCUGACCAACGCUUUGAUCAACUGCAUGGAGUUGUAUAGCAGUCUAUUCUUCCAAACCAUUCAGGGACAGUCUGCUCUGACGGCGUCCCUUCAAGUGCUUCCCUCUUUGGUAGCCGGGAUUAUCACCAGCAUUCUCACGGGCAUAUUUGUCAACCGCAUGCCUGUAUUCUGGACCGUCCUCAUCACUACAAUCGUCAGCACUGUCUCGGCCUUGUUGAUGGCCUUGGUCCGUACCGACCAAGUAUAUUGGGAGAACGCCUUUGUUGCGCAGAUCCUCUCACCCAUCAGCUGUGACCUUCUCUUUACAGUUGGCCUCCUGAUCAUUUCGGAUGUUUUCCCGAAGCACAUGCAGGCUUUAGGCGGCGCAGUGUUCAACACGUGUGCUCAGCUUGGGGUCGCCAUUGGGCUAAGUGUGACGCAGGUCGUUGCCUCAUCGGUCACAAACAACUCGCAAUUUGACAACAAAUCAUCCCCCGAAGCCCUUAUGGAGGGAUAUAGGGUAGCUUUUUGGAUCAUGUUUGGUUGGAUGGUGUUUGUUUGUGGGGUAUGCGCUGUUGGAUUGAGACGAGUGGGUGCAAUUGGUGUCAAGCGUGACUGAUGCAUUGUUGGGCUGUCCGAUGAUUGGUGUUCAAGCUUGUUCAACGGGUAGACUGAUAGAUUGGUAGACGGACGGGCCUAUAGAGACAGCAUUCUUCGGUUGGAAUUUAGGCACAAUAGAUAGGUACACACUUUGCAGAAUCGAGUCCAACGCAGAUGUAUGUGCCAGUGAAAGAGAGUUGGGUUGUAGCUGUAUCAACCGGACUCGCCCUCGGAUUUGAG